CGCGCCCAUAAAAUUGGACAGCUGUCACCUACAAAUUCCUCUCAACGAUACUUUCUUGACCAGUCGCUCCCCUCUCUCUCUCUCUCUCUUCGACUCGAACAUCUAGAAAUCCGCCAUCGCUCCUCCCAUAAUCUUUCGCUCACCACAAACCCUAGAUUUCCUCGCAACGUAAUCGUACUUACCACCUUCCUCUACCCCACAAAACCCCCAAUUUCAAAUCCCCCCAAAACCCGUCAAACUCGUCUCAAUCCGUUCCAAAACCCUAGAUCUCAUCACAAUUCAUUUCAAUUGCCAAUCCGUUCGAAUUAUAUAAAUUCGCCCAUCGUGCAUGGGCAUGGGCAGGGUUUACAGAGAAACCUCCUCGCCGUCUGCCUUUAAAGGCCUCGCCAACUCAACCAACACGUCACCGGCGAUCACGACUUCGACGGCCGUAACCGAAACCGUUAACGGGUCCCACCAGUUCAAGAUAACCGGGUACACUUUGUCGAAGGGGAUAGGGAUAGGGAAGUACGUGGCUUCCGAUACUUUUACCGUCGGCGGUUACUCGUGGGCGAUUUACUUUUACCCCGACGGUAAGAGCGUGGAAGACAAUGCGGAGUACGUGUCGCUAUUCAUUGCUCUGGCGAGCGAAGGGACGGACGUGAGGGCAUUGUUUGAGCUGACGCUUUUGGAUCAGAGUGGGAAGGAGAGGCACAAGGUUCAUAGCCAUUUCGGGAGGCCGUUGGACGGUGGGCCGUACAGUCUUAAGUAUCGUGGUAGCAUGUGGGGUUAUAAGAGAUUUUUCAAAAGAACUCAGUUAGAGACAUCAGACUACCUUAAAGAUGAUUGCCUUUCAGUACAUUGUAGUGUUGGUGUUGUCAGGUCUUAUACAGAGGGCCCUAAAAUCUACUCAAUACCGGUACCCCCAUCUGAUAUUGGCCAACAUUUUGGGAAGCUACUAGAAAGUGGAAAGGGGACAGAUGUUAACUUUGAAGUCGACGGAGAAAUCUUUAAUGCCCACAAGGUGGUACUUGCAGCUCGUUCACCAGUUUUCAGGGCUCAACUUUUUGGCCCAAUGAAGGAUAAUAAUACGCAGUGCAUAAAUGUAGAAGACAUGGAAGCUCCAGUUUUCAAGGCUUUACUACACUUUAUAUACUGUGAUGCGUUGCCCAACAUGGAAGAACUUACUGGUUCAAACUUGAAAUGGGCGUUUACUUUGAUGUCUCAGCAUCUGCUUGCUGCUGCUGAUCGGUAUGGUUUGGAGAGGCUCAGGUUGCUCUGUGAGGCUAAUCUUUGUGAGGAUGUUGCCAUAAACACCGUGGCAACGACAUUAGCUCUGGCAGAGCAGCAUCGUUGCUCCCAUUUGAAGUCCGUGUGUCUUAAGUUUGUCGCAAUGCCUGAAAAUCUCAGAGGUGAAAUCCAUUGUUUGGUCCAAAUUCCUCUUUAUCUUUUCAAUCUGAAAUUUGAAUGGGAUUUAUUAUUUUUUAUGUGAUUAUGUUCCGAUCAGUUUAUGCACAAGUAAUGGUUGAAACCGAUUGUUGUAGACAGCCUAACGUCUGAGAGUGUGUCUGCAUCGGUUCAUUCAAAAGAUCUUAAUUUAAUGUUCAAUUCUCCAUCCUUUCGUCUUUAGUUGUUUAUGUUUCCCCUGGGGAUGACAUAUCCAGAAGAGUGUUCAAACCAUCUUAGACUAUUCUUCCAUUCACUGGUUAAGCUACCUAGGCAAAAUGUUUGUCUAAUAGCUGUUAGCUGCAGUUCUGCACAGGCUGGAAGCAGCACCUGCAUGCGCAUGCUCAUGUUUUAUCAUACUAUUGUUUAAAUCAAAAGAUUUUCUAUCACUAUUUUGCCUGUCAAUUAUCUAAUCAGCUGUUAGUGCGAAGUGCUUGUUGUUUAUAGGAAAAGAUAAGGUGUCUAAAAUUCAUCUUACUGAUUUAAUUACAAUAUGUUCUAUCCCUAUUUUGGCAUUCAAUUAUCGUUGCCCGCAAAAUCAGUUGUAGCACUAAUGUCUAUCUCAGUUGCAUUUUUUUGUUCAUUUGCACCUCCCAAGUCCCUCCUCUAUGUUAAACGAGCUAAUGAACAGGACGGAUGAUCACGUUAAACUUUUUUGUAUUCCCUGGAAAUGUUUUAGAAACCUCGUGUGCGUGACUGAU